UGUCAGCUAGCGAUAGGUGUGCCAGUUGUCAGCUAGCGAUAGGUGUGCCAGUUGUCAGCUAGCGAUAGGCGUGCCAGUUGUCAGCUAGCGAUAGGCGUGCUAGUUGUCAGCUAGCGAUAGGCGUGCUAGUUGUCAGCUAGCGAUAGGCGUGCCAGUUGUCAGCUAGCGAUAGGCACACUAGUUAUCAGCUAGCGAUUUGUGCGGCAGUUUUCAGCUAGCAAUUGCCGCGCUCGUUGACAGCUAGCGAUUGGCACACUAGUUGACAGCUAGGGAUUUGGGGCACUAGUUGUCAGCUAGUGAUUAGCGCACUAAUUGCCACCUAGAAAUUAGUGUGCUAGUUGUUAGCUGGCAAUUUAUAGUUGCCAGCUGGCUAUUAGCGGCACAAUACUAUAAUAAUAUGAAUAUUAUUAAUAUUGCUCAAUAACAAGGUACCAGGUUAAUUUAAAUUGCAAUCAGAAUAUAUGUAAGUAUGGGGCUCCAUGGCCUGGAAAAUGUUGAAGACCCCUGCUCUACGCAAUGCUAGCACAUUAUACGAUUUUACUUAACCUCUCUGCAGUUGAGGCGUGGCCACUAUAUGAGGGAAAAAAACAGUAAACUAUGUUGACUACUCUUUGGUUUGUAGUUGUUCUGCAGUGUUUUAUAUGUUUAGAAGCAGUGAGGGAAUUGAACAUUUGGUGCCUUACUGUACCUCUACCUUCUUUGAGAAGUUGAACAUAUCAGGGACAAGGUAUAUUUCUUUUUAUAGUGUGUGUGUGUUUUUUGUGUCCGCAAUACAACACUACACACAUUGACCACAUACACACGCUUCACAACUGUUGACAUUGAUUCAGCACUCUAUGAAUGUUAGCGUGUAGGGAAAAAAAAAAAAAAAAAAUCUACGUGUAAUAAGACUUUUUAAGGAUGUGUAGCCGUCCAAUGGCGGUGCAUAAAGUGUGAAAACACGUUUUUUUCCAGUGUCCUUCCUUUGCCAUUAGGCAGUCAUGGGGGUAAAGAGUGGGUCAAUACUUUCCAACAGGCUGUGCCAGAUAACGCAAUCAAUGAAGCGGCUGUAAAGUAUGCACAGAGGGGACUCUUAAUGUGUUUUUAGCAUCGAGUUGGAUGAGCUCUGACGGAAAGCAAUGAGUACCGCAGACAUCCCGGCCGGCCUGAAGGAGCUGCUGCAGAAAUACACAGUGGAGGUGCUUCGCCACAGGCCCGCAAACUUGGUGGAUUUCGCCGUGCAGCAUUUCACGCAGAUCCUGCAGGGCCAGAGCAACCACAAGCGAGGCGGCAAAACGGCCCGCAAAGGCGUCACUUUUGCAAGCCAUGACAGCGGUCCAGAGGACAAAGAAGAGGAAAAGAAGGAGAAGGAGCCUGUCAACUCCACCAAAUACAACCGCAGAGUUUCAGUUUGUGCAGAGGCCUACGACCCCGACGACGACGAGGAAGGCGACAGCGAGCCUCGGGUGGUGCAUCCCAAAACAGACGAGCAGCGUCGGCGGCUUCAGGAGGCCUGCAGAGACAUUUUACUCUUCAAAACUCUGGAGCAGGAGCAGUUCUUUGAGGUUUUGGAUGCCAUGUUUGAGGUGCAGGUCAAAGCUCAGGACCACAUCAUCGACCAAGGAGACGACGGAGACAAUUUCUACGUCAUCGAGAAAGGUGAGUAUGACAUAUUGGUGGAGAAGGAGGGCGUGAGCGUGCGUGUGGGAAAGUACGACAACAAGGGCAGUUUUGGAGAGCUGGCACUCAUGUACAACACGCCGCGAGCCGCCACCAUCGUGGCCACGCAGGCGGGUGCCCUGUGGGGUCUGGACAGAGCCACCUUCCACCGGCUGAUGGUGAAGAACAACGCCAAGAAGAGGAGGACGUACGAGGCCUUCGUGGAAUGUGUUCCUCUGCUCAAGUCUUUGGAGCUCUCGGAGAGAAUGAAGAUCGUGGACGUGUUGGGAGCACGGAGCUUCAAAGAUGGCGAGCGCAUCAUCGCGCAGGGAGACAUGGCGGACUGUUUCUAUAUCGUGGAGACGGGACAAGUUAGGAUCAUGAUCAAAAGCAAAACGAACGCGGGCCAGCAGGACCAAGCGGAGGUGGAGGUGGCUCGUUGCUCUCAAGGACAAUAUUUUGGAGAGCUGGCUCUGGUGACCAACAAACCUCGUGCAGCUUCUGUCUAUGCUGUUGGACACACCAAAUGUUUGGUGAUCGACAUCCAGGCUUUCGAGCGUCUGUUGGGUCCGUGCAAGGAGAUCUUGAAGAGGAACAUCUCUCAGUACGAAGAGCAGCUUGUGGCGUUGUUUGGUUCCAGUGUGGAUUUGAAACACUAGCACAACUACUACAUGUAAAAUA